AGUAUUUGUUCUUGUGUUUGUUUCGUUUGUUUAGAUUUAUCAUUAAUUUGUGUUUAUGGAUCGCGUCAUUGACAGGAUCUUGUCAGUGACGUAUGCAUUUUAUUUUGCAAUGGUUGUUAUUGACAGAGUCAAGCACAGUGGCUAACGCCUAACGGUUUACUGAUAAUUUUGGUGGGAAAAGUUAAAAACUUAAAACCGUAAAACGGCGAACAGUGCUGCGAGGAACGUUAAGAUGACUGACUGGGAGAGCAACAAAACUUCCUCACGGAAUAUGUCGGCUACUGCUGGUGAUCCUGAUUCGGAAUUGAAGAAAACACUCUUGAAGGGAGGCCGUCUAGCCCUGAAGGUGCAACCCCCGCGUGGCUUCGUUAUGCCGCCGCCAGUAAUUCGGCCCUCGUGGGCCGUGUCCAAAUUGACAACUGCCUCCACAUCCAAAUGCUCUUCCCCUUCGUCAACUGAGUCAGCGCUCAAAGUGGCAGGAGAGCGCUCUUCGAAGCCCAAGAAAACACCUGCGUCGCCUGCUGUUGAAGACGUGGAUUCAGCGCGGACUGAGCGGGGAGAGUUUUACUCUUGUGACGAUGAAACGGACGCGUGCCCUAGCAGCAGCAGUCAGCAUUCCACCGCAUCAUCGGAAGGAAACGCUCUCAGUAGUGUUGCUGUAUCAGUUUCAUCUGCAUCCCCUGCAACGAGUGGGAAAAAGCGCAUGAAGAAAGAAAAGCCCGUUGAUAACUCUGUCCAGUUGGCCGAAAUCGUGGAGCGUCUGGUUAGCCAGCGAAACCCCGCCGUAGCGCUGACAACGACGCAGACUGCGUUGAAGUCGGUGGUGAGAGCUUUGGAUUCGCAGAAUCUCUAUUUGGAAACUUUCAUCACGGCUGUAGAGAAAGGAGUGACGCAACCGACGGGGUGCAUUCCCAUAAGGAAGGGACAUGUCGGGGGCUCGCUGUCACAUAUUGCGCUUGUGCGAAUUUUUCGGUGGCCACGUGUUUGGCAAGCCAAUGUUCUCCCUUCUGGAAUCUGUGCCAUCAAACCCUCAGAAACUUGCUUGAACCCGUACCACUAUGAAAACUCAUCAAGUAAGCCCGAGCAAAAAAAGCGUCCGAAGAAAUCUGAGGAUUCCGUGGAAAAUUCUACGCUUAAUGUCACUCCCAUGGAUGUCGUCGAGCCUAGCAUUGACGAAUCUGGAGAAUUUGCAUCAAUGGUUAUUCAAACCGAAGCGGCAGCGGCAGAUGUUCGCAAGAGUGAUCAAUUUCCAGCGUUGCUUCAUCUUCUUCCUGGCGAGAUGGACGAAGAAGCACCGCUGGAGGCGCAGAAGCAGUGCGGCGACCGUUGUUGGAUGCCGGGAUGUGAUGUCAAAGUGACGGGUACCCACGAUCAGGAGAAUCCACGAUAUUUUUUCCCUUUUCCACCUCUCGAAGAUCCUUUGUACGAGAAGUGGUUGGUGGCGGGUGGUCCGACUGCUGUCACCCCGCAUGAUAGCGCAAAAAUCUGCCAAGCGCAUUUUCGCAAUUCCGAUUUGAGAACGAAGCCUCGUAAGGAAGGAAAAAAGUCCUGCCACUUAUCUGCCCGCGCGGUGCCCAUUCCUCAGAUUAUGUCGUGGAUGGUCAGCACGGAUGCUCUGCCAGAUGUUCCAGCGGAAGCAGUGAGGCUGUCGGUGCGCAAUGUGACAUUCGUCCAGGCCGCAAGUGCUGAUUGUGGUGAUUCUGGUCCGUCGAAUAAGGACGUUACCUUCGUAAAUCAUUACAAUUUUCCUACGGAAGUAAACGAUAACAUUAUGGGGGAAUCCGAUGAGUCUCCAUUGCUGGAGAGUCUUUUUAAGCCUGGUUCUGAUCCGAUGAAAAGUAUUCCGGCAAAACAAUGGAAAACGGAAAGAUUUUAUUGUCCAUCCUGUCUGGCUUCUACUGACAAUCCUUGUUGGGCGCAUGUUGAACCCGUUCCUGAUACGUAUGUUGUUCCCCUGUCAUAUGCUAGCGUGCCAGGAAAUGUGUCCAUUGAAAUGGGUGAUGAAAUUCGAGUGACUGCCAGAGAGAUGAUUAAGCCGCAGACGAUGUUUGGCCCGUUCGUUGCCCCCGCAUCUUUCCGAUCAUCCCCGUUUUUUAGUGGAAACCAGACUGAGUUCCUUCAACUGGAAUCGGAUCACAACUGCAACUGGCUUAAGCAUGUGCGAUUUGCACCGUCCCUGGCUGAACAGAAUACUGCCGCUUGCUUCUGGAGAGGAGAUGUUUACUUUGUCACUACUAAAGCGCUUUUUCCAGGAACGGAAAUGAGGGUCGGUUAUUCCAAGGAAUAUGCUCAAGCCAUGCGAAGAGCCUCGAUGAUGGACUCGCGACAGGACAUGCAGCCAAAUCCCAUCAGUGGACCUACUGAUCGCAUUCGGGAUGGUCAGAGUCCCAUUAGUGGUGGGGGAUUCGAGUCUAUCUUGGAGGAAGACGAACCUAUAAAGACUUCCGCGGGGAGUGAAGAGCUGCCGGAAACGGAGCACGCCGUGCGUUCUGUGAGGAAGGGACCAAAACUUGGGUGGUUAUAUCCUCAUGAAUGUCCCGAAUGUGAUAUGCGUUUCAAGUCGUCGGCACUCUUGGAGCUCCAUUCCCAUCUGCACCGGGAAGAUGCAGCGGAAGUCGGUAUGGAAUGCGUUGGGUGUGAUUAUGUUGGUACGGACCUCGAUGAUCUGCUGGAGCAUGUCGCUACGCAUGGAAAGACCGGCUCGGAAAUCACCAAGGCGAAAAAUGUUCGGAUAUGCCCGGUGUGCGGCUACGGAACACGGCAUACUCGCUCGCAUGUUCAGGUUAACCAUCCGGAGUGUUAUCGGGACUUGUACAGUACAUGGACACUGCAGUGUCAAGAGUGCCCGGAGAAGUUUCCCACCGAAUUCACGCUGCAUCAGCAUGUUAGACUGAGACAUCUGCAGAAAACUAGCCGUGUGUGUUCCAUAUGCGAUCAACGGUUUAAGACAUUCUCGGAAAUGCAUGAACAUGCGCAGUCACACAAAGUUGGAAAUGGGUUUCUUUGUAAAGAUUGUGGGAAGAUGUGUACGACGUACGCGAAACUGAAAGUCCACAUUUCAGUCAAGCACGGUGUUGCUGGACAGUUUAAAGGCAAAACCGAUCCGUUCUUUAAAAUCGUCAAAGAGUUCAUUGAUAGUCAGAAAGAAAAGGGAAUAUUAUAUGACAGAGUACGUCGUACACUGCAGUGCGAUCUGUGUGGCUCUCGUUUUCCCAGCACCGACCUACUCCAGCAACAUAAGCUGGUGCAUCAGUCGCCAGAAGAACGGCAGGAUGUCGUGUUGGCUUGCGUUGGAUGUGGGCACGUUGAUACGGAUUUCGGUUACUUCAUGCAGCACAUCAUGUCCCAUGCAGUACCGGAAGAAUCCUCUCGCAAGACACUUCCGAAGGUCCGUCCGUGUCAGUUCUGUGGCGUGCGGGACGUCAGCUUGAAGCAUUUGAAAGAGAGACAUCCAGCCGAGUAUGCACUGAAAACGGCCACCUUUGCCGAACGCUGUGAUAUCUGCUUGGAGAAAUUUUCAACUGUUUCCGCCAAGGCUCGCCACCAUCAAAAGGUACACGAAGGAAAGCGGCCACACUGCUGUUUAUUUUGUGGCGAAUGUUGCAACUCGCGUCAGGAACUGGCGCAGCACUAUCCGACCCACUGGCAACCCGACGGCUACCAGUGCCCGCAGUGUCAUCACAAAUACCCGCGGCUGGACAAACUGAAAUUCCACAUCGGCAACAUGCAUCCACCGCCACGCACCGUCCCCUGUCCUGUGUGUGAUCGGGUUUUCCCCACCAAGCGACGCCUGAAGCAGCACAUGGAGGCCCACUCCAACACCUACCGCCACACCUGCGAGCACUGCAAUAAGCCCUUCAAGCUCAGGAAGACCAUGCUCCGCCACGUGCAGUAUGUGCAUUUGGGAGUGAAGGCUCCUCCAAAGCCUUACAAGAAGCGAGCGAGCGAGCCCUGGAAACGCACUGACUAUGCGGCGUGUCCCUACAAAUGCGAGACCUGUCAAGCGGGAUAUCUCACGCGGGGCAUGUGGCUGCAUCACAUUUACAAACUACACCCCGGUGUCGACCUCUCCACUCUUCCUCCUUGAUUUUCUUGCACCCACUGGAGUCACAGCGUUGCCGUCUGGUUCGAACUCCUGUUUGUUGAAUUUGUUUAGUAUCUCGUUGAAACGCUAAAGAUGCGAACAUGACCAUCAGACCAUGCGUACUCUAUUACUCUGUAUAUGUGGAUGACUGGAAGUACCAAUUAAAAUACUGCCUCUUCAGCUUGUACAGCUUAAUUAAAGAUUAUUGCACUGGAUAAACAGGUGGAAAGUGGGAAUAGCAAAUCGGUUAUUUGCUGUGGACCGUGGAUAAAAUGCGCAUAGGAUUUGUUCCGGACUUGUUUUGCAUGUAGCUUCCAUUGUUAAUGGCGCUUAAAUACGUACUAUCAUCUAUAAGAAAUAUUCAAAAUUACUGGCGUAGAACUAUUUGAUGUUCACCGAAUUUCGAUUUAUUACCUAAGAGCAACCUUUUAUUACCUUAUUAUAAAGCUCGUAUGGGAAAUCCGAAAUUUCCUACAGGCUGUAAUACGCAGCCGUAAGCGUGGCUACGGCGUGUGCGCUGUACAUUUACCACGGAACCGGCUUGCACUCUGCAUAU